AUGGAGUCCAACACAGACCAAAGCCUCCCCAGUCUCCACGAACUGGUCGAAAAAGUCAUGGUCGAUGUCGUGCUUCGUGGCUUUUCCAACGAAGACCUUGCUCCGUCUUUGGCGUUGGUCCUUCCUCGCGUGCGACGCCCACCGCCCAGUGAUGACACUGUCCAGCACCUUGAGCUAGUGUCCCUCUGGAAAGGCUUGUCGCAUUCACAGUCGAUCGAGCUUGCCUGGUGGGAGCGGCUGUUCAAGCAGAGUCUGGCAUCGCAGAUCAAGCAGCACCUGCUGCAAGACGUUGUUCAUCGGCUGAGCGGCUACCCAAAUUCUGCCAACCAAUCUCUUGUCGUGCCACGCAUGGUGAAACUCUUGUCGAGCGAACAGCCUCUCGUUAUCAAGAUCUGCAUGAUAGAUCUUGUCGACGACAUGAUGUCAAGAAUCUACGCUGUUGGCCGUGGCGACGAAGCCGCCUAUCGCGAUUUCGAGUGGUCUUUGUCUUCAAAAAGCCUACCAAACUUCGUCUUCAACUUCGUCCGUACGCAAGACUGCCUCUUGCAUGCUGUUGAUGGGCCGUACCUGAUAUUCGACCUUUCCAACUCAUACACUGUCGGCAGCUUGACAGUCUUCGCCGAUCUUCAGUGGCAACUGCCUAGGACCACUUUCUCUGCUCUACCGACUCGGCUGUCAGACGGGGACACGUACCGCAUCAUCCCUCACUUCUCAUACACAAGCCUUGGCGCUAGUGGGUACAGCGGCUUCUCGGCAAGUAAGGACGAGAUCACGUACACCGUCACGAGGUCUCAAUUAACCAUGAAGUGGGACUCGGCUCACAAAUGCUUCUUUACACGGAUUGCCCAUGACUCUGAACGUCCACCAGAGGUGUUAGAGACCGUACUCUCGACGAAGAUCGCGACUGAAUUUGAUGAUGGAGUCCGGUUCGAACGAGUAGCGCGAUACAGCAUCAAGCUGGAGGUGGGUUCCGAGCACCCCAGCAGCGCAGGAAGCUCCUCUUUCGUAUUCGCUCGCCACGAUUCUCAAGAUGCCCAUCAAGCAGCUUGGUUUGACUCGCCCCAGAGCUCAAGCGCUGGCUCUUUGCAGAAUCAUGGAUUGCCCUGGAUGCCAUCGUAUACCAACACUCCGCAACCAAAGAUGGAACGCAUGUUCCCGCCGCCUCUACCGGGCCAUCUGCAGCGCUGUGCACCACAAAACACGAUGUGCAACAAUAUCAGUCAUAGUGGUCAGCACAUGAAUAAAACCUUCGACCUCUCCAAGCUUGCUGAACUUUCUGCCAUGUCCGCCAUGUUCGAGCCUUCCUCGUCGUCGAGUGGCUCAUCCGUGUCGGCAGGCAAACGCAAAGCCCUGCCAUCCGCCGACUAUCCCACCGCGACCGGCGGCCCAUUUGCGCUAGACAGAAUCGACGAAUGCCAUCCAGUUGUCCCCAAGCGCAGGAAGCUGUCGCCCACAGGCGUCAUGGACUACAUGAACACCGAUUCCGACGAUGAGCUCUUCGCGCACCUUGAUCGCAUCACAACCGGCCCAAUGGGCUCAGCCGAAUCGACACUCCCAUCCGCCGACCCCCUCUGGUCCAAGAAACUCGACGAAUCUUCAAAGGCACCCAGGCCCUUCCCCGCCACGCUCGCUAGCACGAAGCAAACGUCCUUCACAUGGCGCUCGCGUAAACGCCACUCAAUCUCCAGCACCACAUCUUCCUUCGAAGACGCGUCGCCUCAAGCCACAACCUCUGCGUCCUCGGAAGCGCUGUCCCAAGAGCAGAUUCAAAUUAACUAUCGCGAGUUUGAGCAGCGUAAGGCAAAAAAGGAGCAGGAGAAGGCGUAUUACAUGGAGACUAUUCCAGGGUUCGAUAGGGUCGUUAGCCCGACGGACGUUGAGGGGAAGACGUUUGAGGGGAUUUUCUUGGGGGAUGAGGAUGAGGGAGAGUGGACGGAGGAUGGUGAUUGCGAGGUUGACGGGGUGAGUGAGGGGGUGGGGAGUGUUUGUUUAGAGGUGUAG